ACCACAAAACCCGAUUAGACGCGCAUUAAACCGGCACUGCCAAAUCAAAAACCCAAUUAGACGCGCGAAUGUUUCUUUAAGUUGUGAAUUUUGUUAAGUAUUGCAAAAUAAGUGUUACAAUAAGGAUGGAAACGCGUCUGGAAGUGCGCCUGCGGGAGCCCAAUCCGUUGUUCACCCGCUGGCUGGAACGCUGGCUGCGGGAAGCGGAGCGGCGGCAGCAAAAGUCGCAGUUCAAAUUGCGCCAGGCACUGGAGGCCCUAAAAAGUUACCCAUUGCCCUUGUCCAGUGGACGGGAUUGCUCGAUUCUGCGCGGAUUUGGAGGCACCCUUUGCCAACUGAUCGACGAGGAGUUGCGCCAGCACCGGGGCUUACAAUUGGUGGUCCGCGAGGAGGCGCCUGUGGCGCAGCAGCACUACGAGCAGCAGGUGCAGCAAGUGAUCCGCCAGGUGCAGGAGCACCAGAAACGCCAGGACAAAAAGUCGAAACCCCGAAAGCCCACGAAGAAGGAACUGCUGGAGCAGGCAGCCCUGGAGGAGCGGGAACGCGUUGUAGAGAUGCAACUGGGUGGAUUCCAAUUGCUGCUUCUGGUGGACACCCAGGAGACGAGUGGCAAAAACAAGCGGGUUCUGGACCAAACGCGGGGCUACCUGGAAUCCCUGGGGGCCCGCCAUGAGGUGCGUCGUCUCACCAUCGGCGACUUCCUUUGGAUAGCCCAGGAUGCACAGGGCAAUGAACUGGUUCUGCCUUAUAUCGUGGAACGCAAGCGCAUGGACGACCUGGCCUCAAGUAUACGCGAUGGUCGCUUUCACGAACAAAAGCACCGGCUGCAGCAGAGCGGGCUGGAGAACAUCAUCUACCUGGUGGAGGACUAUGGGGACAACGAGCAGUUGGGCCUGCCACUGGACUCCCUGCAGCAGGCUCUGGCCAAUGCCCGGAUACAAACUGGUGUCCAGGUGGUGCGCACCGAGAAUCACUAUCGAUCCAUGAGCUAUUUGGCUGCGAUGAGUCGUUCCCUGGGUCAGAUUUUCGCCAGCAAGCGGCUGUACAGCGUGCAGCGCGGGACACUGGACAAAUCCACCUGCGUGCUCACCGAUUCUCGCCUGGGAUUGCUCAAAUUCCGUGCCCUUUACGAGGAUUCCGCCAAGAAUGCCCAGCUCACAGUGCGCGAGGUCUUUGUGCAACAGCUGCUGCAGCUGCAUUCCCUCUCCCUCGACCGGGCCAUGUCGAUUGUGGAGCGAUAUCCCACGCCGCGCUGCCUGCUGGAGGCCUACGCUGAGUGUCCAGAUGCCAAACAGGCCAGCCUGCUCCUCGCGAGGAUCCCCUGCGGUCCCCUGGAACGUCCGCUGGGCGAGAAGCCAAGCCAGUGCCUGCACGAAUUCUACACCACGCACUUUCGUUAGGAUUAGCAAUUGAUUUAAUGGACAUAUC